AUGAGUAUUCAAGGUCAUCUCCUUUUAGGGUUAGUGGUUUUUGCUUUCUCAGUGAAAUCCAUUGUUGAAGCUUUAACACCAACUUUUAGCUUGAAGUUGCUUAACCGUAGCAGUUUCCCAGCAGGCUUCGUCUUUGGGGCAUCUACAUCUGCUUAUCAGACUGAAGGAGCGGCUAAUGAAGGUGGUAAAGGCCCAAGUAUAUGGGAUACUUUCACACAGAGAUACCCGGGUAAGAUAAGGGAUGGUAGUAAUGGAGACAUGGCCACUGAUUCUUAUCAUCGAUACAAGGUGCAAUGCAAGCCAACAUUUUUUGGUUAA